UUGCCUUUGUCACCAUUUAAAAGAGAAGAGAAAAAAAAAAAAGAAUCCUAUGUAAAGAAGGAAUAGAAAAACUCUCCGAUCAUGAUGGGAAACAUUCAAAUCCUUCUUACUCUUAUGGUGGUGAUGUUGCUGUGCAACUUUAUGAUGAUCUUGUCUAUGAAAUCAACAACCAACCUUAGUACAGAUCAGUUGGCUCUUCUUGCACUAAAAGAGCAUGUCAUUACUGACCCUCAAAACCUCCUGGCAACCAACUGGUCUACUUCGGCCUCUGUUUGUGGUUGGGUUGGCGUGACUUGCGGAUCUCGACACCGCAGGGUCACUGCUUUAAAUCUCUUUGGCAUGAAUCUCUUCGGUACCAUACCACCGCAUGUCGGAAAUCUGUCUUUCCUUGCUAGACUCAACAUUGGAAACAAUAGUUUUCGUGGCUCAUUACCCAUCGAGUUGGCUAAUUUGCGUCGGUUGAAAUCUGUAAGGAUGUCUGACAACAAUUUCGAUGGGGAAAUCCCAGCAUGGUUCAGUUCCUUCACUCAACUUCAAGACUUAGUUAUGUAUGGUAACAACUUUACAGGUGUUAUCCCAUCUUCUUUGUGCUCUUUAUCAAAGCUAGAGAAUCUGCUCUUGGCUGAGAAUAACCUAGAAGGUCAAAUUCCUGAAGCAAUUGGAAAUCUUUCUAGUUUGAUAGCGUUACAUUUAGAUUAUAAUCAGCUUUCAGGCUCCAUACCUUCCUCAAUCUUCAACAUAUCUUCAUUAGUAGAAAUUCGUCUCGCCAACAACCGGUUCUUUGGCUUCAUACCCUCCAUCCCACAACUCAAGAUAUCUUCCCUGCAAAGCAUUGAUUUAACAUUUAAUAAUCUCACUGGUCUUCCAUUGGAUAUGUUUGAUCGUCUACCAAAAUUACGAAACCUUUAUUUGAGUUACAAUCAGCUUUCUGGAGGAAUUCCAAUGAGCUUAUUCAAGCUGAAAGAGUUGGAAGAUUUAUCUUUAUCAUUUAAUAGAUUGAAGGGGAAAAUACCUAAAGAAAUCGGAAAUUUGACUAUGCUUAAGCGACUUUAUCUCGGUGUCAACAACUUUGAAGGUGAAAUUCCACAACAAAUUGGCAAUCUUUUAAAUUUGGAGGAGAUAAGCCUAACUAAUUGCAAGCUAAUAGGGCAUGUUCCUCCUAUUAUUGGAAACCUAACACUUCUAAAAUUGCUCGAUUUUUCCAGCAAUAACUUGACAGGUGAAAUUCCGCAACAGGUCGGUAAUCUUCUAAAUUUAGAAGAAUUUAACCUUAAAAAAAGUGAUCUAUCAGGGCCUAUUCCUCGGACUAUCAGUAACCUAACAGUUCUACAAUUCUUCGAUUUUUCCUAUAAUCGCUUGACUGGUAAUAUAUCUCAUUAAUUCUUCAUCUUUGUGUUUGUUUAUGCAUAAAUAUUGCAAAUGUUUGAAAUAUUUUAAUAGUAUCA